AUGUAUAAUUCCGGAUGUGGUGAUUAUGUGGGCUCCUGCAAUGAUUAUGGGAGAUCUGUAUGGGCCGAGCCAUGUGGGAGAGGGCGAUCGGUCUGCUUUGAGCCAUCAUGCGGUGGAUCGGGGGCAUCCUGCUGCUCCCCUGUGACAUCUGGAUUGGACAUGGGAUGCUGUGGGACAUCAACUCAACAGUAUUGUCCGCCCGUGCAAAAGUAUCGCCCACCCCAGCAAAAAUAUUGUCCUCCGGUUCAACCAUGCUGCCCACCUCAGCAGAAGUACUGCCCGCCAGCACAAAAGUCUUGUCGGCCAGUUCAACCCUGCUGCACACCUCAGAAGAAGUGCUGUCCACCUGUUCAACCCUGCUGCCCACCCCAGAAGAAGUACUCUCCUCCGCUUCAGUCCUGCUGCCCCCCCCAGCAGCAGUACUCUCCUCCACUUCAGUCCUCCUGCCCGCCUCAGCAGAAGUCCUCUCCUCCGCUUCAGCCCUGCUGCCCACCUCAGCAGCAGUACUCUCCUCCACUUCAGUCCUCCUGCCCGCCUCAGCAGAAGUCCUCUCCUCCGCUUCAGCCCUGCUGCCCACCUCAGCAGCAGUACUCUCCUCCACUUCAGUCCUCCUGCCCGCCUCAGCAGAAGUCCUCUCCUCCGCUUCAGCCCUGCUGCCCACCUCAGCAGAAGUACUCUCCUCCGCUUCAGUCCUCCUGCACACCUCAGCAGAAGUACUCUCCUCCGCUUCAGUCCUGCUGCCCACCUCAGCAGAAGUACUCUCCUCCGCUUCAGUCCUGCUGCCCACCUCAGCAGAAGUACUCUCCUCCACUUCAGUCCUCCUGCCCACCCCAGCAGAAGUACUCUCCUCCGCUUCAGUCCUGCUGCCCACCUCAGCAGAAAAGUACUCUCCUCCGGUUCAACCCUGCUGCCCACCCCAGCAGAAGUACUGCCCGCCAGCACAAAAGCCUUGUUGUCCAGUUCAACCCUGCUGCCGACCUCCACAAAAACAUUGUCCUCCCAUUCAACAGUGCUGCCUACCAGUUCAACAAUGCAGGCCACCUCAGCAAAAAUGUUGAAGUCCAGUUGAACAGUGCUGUCCUCCAGUAG